AUGCGCUACUCCGCCGUCUCUUCGAUUCUUCUCGCUGCUGCCACCGCCGCGCCGGCUCUGGCCCUCCCCACUGGACUUCUGCCCCGUGCAGCAGAGGGUGUGUACGAGCGAGACCUCGAGGAUAGCUUCUGGGCGCGCGAUGUGAUGCCCAGAGGCGGGGGAUGGCUGCAUCGGGGUCCGCACCGUGUCGGCCCGAAGCACACACUGCCUCCUGGCAGCCCGAAGCCCAUCCUGCGCCUCCCGCCCGUACCGCACCAUCCUCCUGGCAGCCCGAAGCCCAUCCUGCGCCCCCUCCCGCCCCCGCACCAUGGCCCACCGUUCCCGCCCGUCCACCGCCCCAGCGAGGUGAGGGAGCUGUUGGCCCGCGAGUUCGAGGAAGAACUGUUCGCGAGGGCGAUAUACAACGACGAGUUGGACUGA